GUUCGACAGCUCAACCAGGGAUCUCAUGUCCACGUCGUGCGGAUCGCCAUGCUACGCUGCACCUGAGCUUGUUAUCAGUGACGGUCUCUAUGUAGGCACAGGAGUGGAUAUCUGGAGCUGUGGUGUCAUUCUUUAUGCAAUGCUCGCAGGAUAUCUCCCCUUUGACGAUGACCCAUCCAAUCCAGACGGUGACAACAUCAACCAGCUCUACAACUACAUCCUUGCAACGACGCUGGUCUUCCCAGACUACAUUUCGCCCGACGCACGAGAUCUUUUGAGAAUGAUGCUCGUUCCCGAUCCUACCAAGCGGUGUAACAUGAAGAGAAUCAUGAGCCAUAGAUGGUUGCGACCUUAUGCACCCAUGUUCCAGUACAGCAUCGAGGAUCUGGAGGUUAGAAUAAAUGGUCGCUACUGCAUAACACGCAUACUUGGUCCUACAGUAACCCUACUAACUGAGCGCGCAUAACCUCCAUCGUUGUACACAACACAGGCACAAGCCAUGGCAAGACUCAAUGGUACGGUCUGGAUUCCACCUCAACAGGCUGCUGCUGCCGUAGCCCAACCAGCAUUAUUGCCGCCUGUCAAUGCUGGUCCUCCUAGGCCAUCUGCGGACGAGGUCAUGCCAAGGCGACAUACCAUUUGGAUCGAAUCGGCACCCGCUUGGGAGACUGGCCAUCCACUGAUCAAGGAGGAGGAGCUGCGGCUGCCUCUUGUUGCCCUUAAUGAGCACGCCAUGGAUAUCGAUAAGCAGGAGGAGGAGGCGAUGGUGGAUCCUGUGCCAGAGGCAUCAAUCCACGACGAACCCAUGGAGAUCGCAGAGCCUAUCGAGGUCGAUCCUACAGCAGACAUGUCACAGGGCCAUGGACUGGACACGGAUGUGAUGAUGGAGAGUGACACUCAGCUCAAUAUGAUGUCUGUGCCAUCAACAGGCUCGCCAGUAUCGACCGUGAGCCAUGGAGAGGAUCAACACAUGAGCAACGAUAUCACGCCAUCGCCCUCCGCUUCAUUGAUCGCCAAGUCGUCUUCUGUAUCUGAACGCAUCGCGCGCCAGAACCAGGAGGAGAUCACCGCAACGCUCAAUGUUGCGGAGCGACCCAAGACACCGGAGCGGGUGGUCGAGACUAUGAGGGCGAAGCCCAGUGUGGAGAGUACAUUCGAAAUGUCACCCUCGGCAACGGUAUCACGUCGCACGGGCCAACACUCCAGAAUCCGACCCACGACCAUCCACGGAGAGCCUAUGGCGCACAACUACAAUUACCCGACCCCCACAUAUCACGAACCCUUGCCUACGCCCAAACCCCGUCCAAUGCCAUCGCAGGAGAACGCGUUCCUUAUCCCGCCAAAGGUUUACCACCAGUCGCAAUUUCAGCAGUCGUCCCCAUCUCUUCCGAACGGGGCAUCGAAAACAUCUACAGAUACUCCACCUGUACCUACUCGACCAGAGUCUGCGGAUGCAAUGCGCUCACACAACAUGCCACUACCUCCGCCUGUGCCAUCCUCACCCAUGCAGGACAAGAUUCAUCGCAAGGGAACAUCAUCUUCUGGACGUCUCUUCGGAUUCUUGGGCAACCUCUCAAAGAAGCAUGGAGAGUCGAGUACCAACGUCGCGUCUCCCCCCAAGACUAUGCACGAGGCAGGCACGGGUGGCGAUGCCGAGUCACAGGCUGCUCUGUCGCCCCCUACAGUAACAGGAACUUCCUCCAAGGGGCCAGGCUCGAUCAACCAGGUCUUUGGCCGUUACCACCACAACACGGACAAGGCAAAUCAGUCGACCAAGGGCAAGAGGCGCAAGACGCUCAGCCUUGUGGGGGGCUCCAACGAGCAUCAUCAGCAGCAGAUCCAUGGCGGAACGCGACCCCCCGUGCCUUCAACCGAAGGUUUGGGCAUUACCACUGCACAAUCUGGAUCGGGCACUGCUCAACGUAUCAUGGGAUGGCUGCGGCGCAAGUCCUUUGCCAAAAACUCUUCCGACAAACCCCCAGCAGAUGCUGUAUUCGAUCAGUCACGUACCAAUGGCUCCUCGCCGUCACCUGUGCCAGUGCCCAAUAACCGGGUCUCCCGUGCAGGAUCGGUAUCACCUCAGGAUCUCGAGGCAGCAGGCAUUAUUCCACUAGGCGGAGUGGUUGCGACCAACCGUGCACCAGCAACCAAUGGUGCUGCCGGUACGGACGAAGGACGAGAUCCUGCACUGGAAGCGCUACUCCAGAGACUGCCCUCGAACUGGACAGACUCGAAGCUCAAGUGGCAUUCAGGAGCGGUGGAGAUCUCAGCACUGUCAUCGCGUCACCCCGUCGAGAUUAUGUUCGAGAUCAAGAAGGUCGUUCUUCGGUUGGGCAUGGAGUUCCGUGUCGAUUCGGAUUUCAAGGUCAAGUGUGUGCGUCGGAGGAGGCUCGCGGACGGAACGACGGAGAGCAAGGCACACCAUCCUUACAGCUCUCAGCUGCCUGAUGAUACUAUGAGCGUCCUAUCAAGCAACAUGUCUGUGGGCGAGGCAUGGACAUCAGCCAAGGGCGCUGGCAGCUCAGUGAUCAACGGGAAAAAGAGGGGCGGCAUCAGAUCGAUGCUCUGGCGCAACAGUACCGCAUUCAAUUUAUCGUCAUCCCCACCCCCACCCGUACCGGCGUUGCCGGCCUCUCCGCGCGCGUUGCCUCAGGUGAUGAACGGAUCAACCAUGGGCUUAUCCUCGCCACCAGCUAUCGGCUCUGCAGCCACAAAGGAGAUCGAUUCUGACCACGGCGUCUGGGUGAGCGCAGCAGCCGCAACGGUCAACAGCUCUCACAGCUCUGGUGCGGGCAUGUCAUCUCAUGAACCCAACGGUGUCGCAUCCUUGCCCAGCAAUUCGACCAUUGCCACGUCAACGGGUGGUGCGACCGUCAACACAGGACCGGAGCCGCUGUAUGGCGAAGAGUCAAUCGACUCUGGUGAGGAAGUCCGGUUCUCGAUCGAGAUUUGUCGCAUCAAGAACUUGAUGGGCAUCUACUGUGUGGACAUUCGUCGUAUGAAGGGCAACCUGUGGGCCUACAAGUUCCUGUACCAUGCUGUGCUCAAUACUCUGGACCUCAACGGCAAAGGCGGAUACAUUCCCACCCUGCCCGAGAGCGUGAAAGUGGUCCAGACAUAAGGAAGAGACACACACACAGACACACACGCACACACACAACCAUCUCUACCUAUCUCUCGUAUAUGACCGUUUGUUUCUUUUUAUGUGCUUUUCUGU